AUGGCGGGUCUCUAUCUAUCCAUACUCGGUGUUGUGUUCGCAAUUGUCACCAUUUUAUACUUUAAUUCGAACGAGAGGCAAAGAACUGUACUGUCGAGCAGAUUCGGCCUCGAUAGACAGCGUAAGCUUUCAUGGGCACCUCCGCGAUCACCAUCUCCGGCAAAACGUGAGCUGGCCGAAAAGACAUCUCUGCCUUCUGGUCAAGAAUACCGCGACACAUUCCCCCCAUCUAGACGUUCAGCUCUCGCCGAACUCACCGAUGGUCGAUUCAGCGUCGGUGGAAAGUCAGGCAAGGGUCUGAGUGAGCUUCCUCACAACACCGAGAGAUGCCUUCCAUACGAUUGCAAUGUGCUGGCACCUAAAUACAAGAAGUACUCUACACCAACUGGCUUCACCAUCGAAGAAAUCAAGGCUCUAGGCAACUUCCCAGACUACGCAACUCUGAGUGGUGUACCUAGACCUGCCCCGUAUACCGACUUCGACAUCAAGACCGCGAAGGCUAGACCAUACCGCCCGAUCAGAUGGGCAUACCAUCAAACCAUGUCAUACAAAAAGCUCGAACCAGACUGGUGGUUAGAACUCGACUCGACAUACUCAACCCGCAUCCAACAACGCCAGUCCCUCUACGCAACCCACGGCUCCGAAAUCCUUCAGUCCCUCCCCGGUUCAGAAAUCGCCUGCAAAGAACUCAUGGAAAUGUGUCUCCAAUUCCUCUGCUCCCGUUACCCUACACACUUCACCAUCGACUCUAAAGCCCUGCUCUUCCACAACAACAUCUUAAACACGAUCACAAAUCUGAGGGAAAUGGAUCCGUUGGAAGUGCUGUUGAACAAUGUACCAGAGGACUUUGCAAUCGUGCUCAGAAAUCCAGAGACUGGCUACUAUAACUUCAGAGCAGGUGUAAUCUGUAGUUCUCUAGGAUGGAGUGUCGCCUCAAAGAUUGGAAAAGAUCUCAAAGACAUACACGCACCCAUCCCCGAUUACAAGGAAAAAAUGGAGUUUUCAAUGGAUAGCAGAUUCUUCGCCAAAAUGCCAACGGAUAAACCAAUUCAACGAGGUUCUUGGGGGCUAGAGGUUGGUGAACCUUUGUUCAUGCCUCCCAAUGACCCUCAUGCAGCACUACGCAAUACACAGAACCCCGACCAUACGAUUUCAGAUAUGAACUUGCGUGUGGAUUGGCAAACGCUACGUCGUCUACCCCUCUCUGGUGGUGUGGUGUUUAACUUCAAAUGCCUAUUCACUCCUGUGACAGAGUUCGAGCACGAGGCGUAUAUACCUGGAUUAAUGCUCAAGGUAUUGAAGGAGGGGAAGAAGGAGUUGAUGGAGUACAAAGGGACAUGGCAUACAGAACAUGUUGUUAUCCCUGCAUUGCAGGAGAUGGACAGCAGACAGAAGGAGAAGGGUAUGGUGGAGAAGGACUGGGAACCCGUGACAUUGGAUGAGUAUCCUUACUUCCCUGGUUGGCAAGACAAGUGGCAUGCUCAACAAGGCUUCUAA